AUGGGUUUUCUCGCAUUUAAGGGGAAGUUGGGAUAUUGCCCCGCCUCCCCCUCCACGGUUAAUGUCUUUGAUCGGUGCAGGUCACCGCAUGGGGGGCUCCACAUGAAAAACUUCCUCCAAUCAAAAAAGCGGCAAGCUGAUAUUGUCACUGCAAAAGAACAGGCUCAAGGUGUUUACGAGAUGGAGAAAUGCAUGAUUGAUGGUCCACCAACCUUCUUGCCUGUUCUUCAAUCCUUCGUAGCUUUAGCCUUGGAACUGACUAUAGGUAAGAGGGGAAGUUGGGAAUGCCCCGCCUUCCCCUCCACGGUUAAUGUCUUUGAUCGGUGCAGGUCACAGCAUGGGGGGCUCCACACGGAAAACUUCCUCCAAUCAAAAAAGCGGAAAGUUGAUACUGUCACCGCAAAAGAACAGGCUCAAGGUGUUUACGAGAAUGAGAAAUGUAUGAUUGAAGAAAAGGAUGCAAGAGACCAAGAUUCUAAACCACAAACUUCUUGCCUUGGAACCGACUAUAGAGAAGAGCUGAAAAAAGACGAUGAGAAGAAAGUUGAUUGCAGGUGGUGCGGCAAACCAAUAUGGGGUUCCGUCCACAAAUGCGUGGAAUGUGGUUACCUCCCUGUUCAUAGAUACAAAUCAACCCAGCAUUGCUUGGACUUCACAGAAAAGCUGGAAUUAAAUGAUGGCAACAACCAAGUUGUUCGCUGCAUGUGCGACGAACCAGUACUAUUGGGUGUUCCCGCCUACAAAUGCUUCGUCUCUGAAUGCAGUGGCUUCGUCAUUCACAAAUCAUGUUCCGAUCUAUCUCAGAAGAUAAAUCACCCUCUGCACCCAAACCAUACCCUUUCUCUCAGGUGGUGGCCUUUUAAUGAACAUUGUGAUGUUUGUUGUACAUCUCACAAUAGCUCUUUCUUUUACUAUUGUCAUUCGUGUCGUUUCAAACUCGACAUCAAAUGUGUUAAUCGCUUCUCAAUUAAUCCUAACGACUGUCACAAACACGAAUUAUUCCCCAUUUGGAAGCAGGUCCAGUUCAAUUGCGAUGCUUGUGGAGAGGAAAUCAUGGACUUCGCCCGCCUAUGUAGUAUCUGCCAACUCUUUUUUCACAGAAGAUGUGCUGAAAUUCCACGCACAGUCAAAAUUAUGAUACACAAUCACUUCUUCAACCUCAUCUAUUCUCCUCAUGAAAUCAAUAAGUGCGAUGACAUGUUUUGUAGAAUCUGCGGCAACAAGGUGAAUACAAAGUAUGCAGUUUACUCUUGUCAGAAAUGUAGUUACCAUGUCCACACGGAAUGCCUAAGACGUUUUAAGGAUAAACACAGGGAAUUGCCUGGAACUAGUGAGUUGGUGCCCAACAAUUCCGUUGGACGUUCAACUCAUUUAAUCAAGGCGCUCAAUCAAGCAGACGACGAAGGACCUCACCCUGAGGAGAUCCAACAUUUCAGCCAUGAUCACAAACUUAAGCUAAUCCUCCGCGAUGACGAGGUCAAUGAUGGUAAGCUUUGUAAGGGGUGUACGGAAUUCAUAAUUUCGGCCCCGUUCUACAGCUGUGUUCAAUGCCAAUUCUUUCUCCAUACUCGAUGUGCUGAACUUCCCAGAACAAUUAAGCAACACCGACUUAUCAACUUUAUGACGCUCACCCUCCUCCCACGGGCAACUACCAAGAGUGGCGUGUUCUUUUGUGAUAUUUGUUCUCGUCAUCAUCGUGGCUUCACCUACAAGUGUGCUGAAGUUGGUUGGCGGUCCUUUGAUGUUCAAUGUGGUUCAAUUCCGGAAACGCUUAAACACGAAGGUCAUCAACAUCUCUUUUGCCUUGCUGAAGAGUCUCUAAAUAGAAAAUGCAAAGCUUGUCCCAAGGACAACAGGGAGCAUGUAUUCGUAUGCACCAGUUGCGAUUUCAUCUUGGGAAUCAGAUGUGCAAAUCUUCCGUUGGUGGCGAAGCAUAAAUAUGAUACACAUCUCCUCAAGCUCACAUACGCUGCUGAGGAUGAUUCUGAAGAAUAUUAUUGUCUAAUUUGCGAAAAAAAAAGAGACCGUAUGCACUGGUUCUAUUACUGUGAAAAAUGCGACUUCACCGCUCACCCUGAAUGUGUUAUUGGGAACUAGCCAUGCAUGACAAAUGGAAGUACCUACACAAGUGAAUAUCAUCCGCACCCUCUCAAAUUUGUCCAGAAGAAGACUAGAGACUUCCCCGAAUGUCAUGUCUAUGGAUAUGAUUUAGAUAACGUGGUCCUAAAAUGUAGUCAAUGUAAAUUCAGUGUCCACCAUCCUAGACCUUACUUCCCUGAUUGUUUGUGGAUGCUAAGUGAAUCUGAAUUUGAAUCUAAAUUUGAACCUGAACCUAAACUUGAAGCUAAGUGAACAAUCAGCUAGGUUGUUUGUGCUGCUUUGUUGUUUUUUUUUUUUUUUGGAUGUUUGUUCCUUGGUGGUCCUUGCUAAUGCUU